GAAGUGCAGAUGCUCACAACCAUAUAAGGACUUCAGAGUCGGCAUUAGGUGCUUCUUGAUCUGUCUGAGGCCAGCAGUGGACGGAUGGCUUUCAUGGAUGUGUCGUCUGAAGAUAUUGACUAUGAAGGGAGUGAUAGCUCAGAAGAAAACCUGGCCAGUGAGGAACAAAACUACAGAGUUCGGCUCUCAUCAGUAAAUCAUACAGAGAUGUGUUUUACAAACAAGAAAGAGGUGAAUAAGAAGAGGGUGAAGAGGGUUGUGUCCUGCAAGAGAAAAGCACGUCACCUCACUGUGACCUCAGGAGUACGCAGGAGGCCAUCAAUAAAUGCCAAAACAUUUGAUGCAUUUAGCAAGGACAGUGAAAAGGCUGGCAAAGCAGAAAUGCUAGAGGGAGGCCACCGUGAAUUGCGUCUCAGUGUGCCUCAGGACAUUAGGAUGGAGGAAGACAGCGUCAUAUACUGUGACUUCUUUUCAGAGAUAUCAAAGGACCACAAGCAAGUGACAGAAAUUCUCUUCGGACGGAAUCUGAGGCUCAACAUAGCCGUAACGCUUUGGAGAAGAAAUAUCGGAGAGCUACUUUCAUUUCUUAUACAAAUCCGGGAUUUCAGUGUGCUUGUUGACUGUCUACCAGUAUUUACCAAAAGCCUUCACGCUAAAUGUGCCUAUGUGUCUGUUGGCUUUUGUGUGGAUUUUUUCCCUCUGGUGAAAAAGCUUCUCAGAAGUCAUUAUGAAGAUUAUCUCAUCAGCGCCCUUCUGUGGAUUCAGGCGGUGUUGACAAAAUGGCUGCCACAGCUAUCACGAGUUGAUGGGGGUGAAAUUGGCAUCUUCUCUCCUGAUUAUAAGAAUAUUCAGGCUGUUAAGCAACAACUGCAGGGACUGUGGAGACAGGAGCGCCAGCUAUAUUUCACCACUGAAGCCACAGCAGAAAUAUGGAAGACCAUUCAGUCACAACUGUAUCAGCUAUGACUGGUAGAAUGAAGCGCACUGAGGAAUCCAGCGUGCCAACUUGACCCAAGUCGCAAACCAUAUAAAGCAGUGAUGAAGAAUGAAACACCAUUUCAUUUUCUUUUCUUUUUAACAGUAAAGCUGUUCAAACAUUGUAUCAUGUAUUGUAUUGUAUACACCAUCGUAAGUAGGUGUUAGUUUUACAGUAUACAAAAGGAUAUUGCCCUCUCUGACAUGAUUGUGAAAGAAUUUGUAGAUGAUCAGACCUUCAUGUUAUAGAGAAGUCAAUAAAACAAAUAAC